GCGCCAAGCGUUUGGCGACGUGGUUGCCAGGAAACCGGGGACUCGCUGCUCCUGCCCGGGGGAAUACAGCUUCACUAUGACCAAAUUCGUGCUUGCGGGUAGAGCAGAUUGCCCAUUUUAUGCUAAAGCAGAACUUCUGGCAGACUAUUUACAAAAGAAUCUUCCUGAUUUUCGGGUACAUAAAAUUACGCAGCAUCCUCAUGUUUGGGAGGAAUGGCUGGAAGAUUUAUGUAAAAAGAAUAAAUGGAAUCAUAAAAAUUCCCCUAUCAUCUGGAGAGAACUAUUGGAUCGUGGAGGAAAGGGUUUGCUUUUGGGAGGAUAUAAUGAGUUCCUGGAGCAUGCCCAGCUUUACUAUGGUGUCACCUCUAGCAUGACGACUGAGAUGAUGAAGGUAAUUGCUCAAGAAAACCUGAUGACACACAUAGAAGACGAGCAGGAGAAAGAAGCCCUGAAACAGCUUAUCGAGCCCCUGAACGUCUGGAUCACCAGUGCAUCCUCUCGUCCCUGCUACAACCUAAUUCCCAUCUUGACCAGUGGAGAAGUGUUUGGAAUGCACACGGAAAUUAGCAUCACUCUAUUUGACGAUGAGAAGACAGAAGAAAAUCUCCAGAUCCUGGUGACAGAGAUGUGGGACCUGGUGUCGCCCUUACUGCAGAGCGUCUCCAUCUGCACGAGAGUGGAGGAAGCCUUCCGCCAGGCCCACGUGAUCAUCAUCCUGGACGACCACACUGACAAGGAGGUGUACACGUUGGAAGACUGCAUCCGGAGCAGAGUCCCUCUGUGCAGGCUCUACGGAUACCUGAUUGAGAAAAAUGCUCAUGAUUCUGUCAGAGUUAUCGUAGGAGGAAAAACUUUUGUCAAUCUUAAAACAGUGUUGCUUAUGAGAUACGCCCCAAAUAUCACACACAAUAUUAUCGCUGUGGCACUGGGAGUGGAAGGCGAAGCCAAAGCUGCACUGGCCAGAAAACUGAAAACGACCUCUUCAUGCAUCAAAGAUGUGAUAAUUUGGGGUAAUAUUAGUGGAAAUAGCUACGUCGAUCUGAGAAAGGCCAAAAUUUACAAUUAUGAGAGUGCUAUUUGGGGACCUCCUCAUUUUUCACGCCCUGUUUUAAGCUUGAUUUUUGAUAGCGAGUGGGUAAACAAAGAAUUUGUGGCAACUCUUGAAGAGCUGACUGCCACAGGAAAACAAUUUGGAGCCAUCUUAGCUGCACACAGUAUAGCCACUACGUUGAAAUACUGGUACCAUGGCUCACCAGCUGGAGAGAUUGUGUCCUUAGGAGUAUUGAGUGAAGGUCAGUUUGGUAUUCCUGAAGGGAUUGUCUUUUCUAUGCCUGUGAAAUUUGAGAAUGGAACUUGGGUGGUUCUCACAGAUCUCAAAGAUAUUGAAAUAAGUGAGCAAAUAAUGACCAGAAUGACGAGUGAUCUAAUUCAGGAGAAACUUGUUGCACUGGGAGAUUUGAUAUAUUUUCAACCAUAUCAAUCAGAAACCCUCUCAACCAAAAGAAAUAAAAAGACCACCUUAUCCACCACAGAUGACAACCAGGAAAUUCAAAGUGUCUCAGAUGUUUUGGUUUCAGAACAUAAAGAUAGCAUAAAUUCUUCUGUACUCCAAGAGGAAGAAAAAGAUCUAGUUAUGUCAGAUGUGGAUUUUGCAGAUCUGAUUUCUGAAACCAACCCUGAACAGCUACUCAGUCAGGAACCCAUAAAUGAACCCGAAGGCAAAACUAUGGAACAGUAGCAGAUCAAAUUAGACCAACUAUAAAAUUAUUUGGUAUUCAUAAAUAUAGAAAGACCUAUGAAUGUCUAUACUUAGAGAAGAAUCAUUUGAAAGAUUUACUUCAGUCUCAGAUAAUAUUAUGCUACGCAAAUAACAGUAACAGGACACACACACAAAAGUCAAGAAUUCAGUUAUUUUGUGCAUCUACUCAUAUGUUUGCUUAUUAUUGUAUUUUCUCAUAAAUGGUUUGGUAUCAAUAGAUGUUUCUGAACUACAAUAAAACAGAGUUGUCAGAUA